AUGGCGGCCAUCACCAUGACUCCUACCACAAUGCGCCAGCCCUUUGCCAGCCUCGAUGCGCCGCGUAUGCGCUCCUUGCUUAAGACAAAAAUGAACAUCAAGAACCAGCAAACCGGUGCGUCGAUAUCUGCCAAAAGAAGACCUUUGGCUGAGGUUGAUGCGGAGAAUAUCGACCCGGCCACCCUAAACAUGUCAACAAAGCGAAAGCGCGGCUGCGAUGAGGAAGACCAUGAUCCCAGCAAAUGCUCUCCUAAACCACUGAAGACUUCUCGUAUGGCUCUGACGGUCGUGAAAUCGAACAUUACUCCCCACAUGCCUUCAUCAACCUUCAAGGCGCCCCUCUCGAAACCUAAAUCCACUCCAGCUCUCAAGCCUGUCGGCCGUUCGCCUCAGGGCAAAUCUUGCAAAGCAUUUGCUCGUCGCUCUACCAUCACCAAGAGUCGGUCAGAACCUACAGGCAGAAAGAGCAUAUCCCGGCCUUUCUCCAUCGCGACAGCAUUGGGCAAUGUGCAACCCCCGAGUCAGCCCGCCCCUAAGACUCCAGCGUCCUGGUCUUUUGAGAUCUAUGUGGACUCGGAGCAGGAAGAAAUGACCAACCUGAUGCAGCACUCCACCUGCGUGCUGGAUAUCAGUGAUGACGAGGGCAAGAUGGAACCUUCAAGUCGUGGCAAAGAGAACAUCCCCCCGUCUGAAUUGGGAAUUGACCUGCCUCGGUCCAGUGAGCGCGCCGCCGCUGCAAGAAAGACCGACAUGACAGAUGAGCCUCGCUCUCCGCUCGGUGAGCUCAAUGCCGCUGACUAUUAUGGCGAAGACUGCCAUGCCUUUUCAUAUGCCGUGAUCUACGACGAGGAUGAAACCACCUCGGAAAAAAAGACAACCCUACCUUCUCUGCCACGCAACUCUACCCAUCCCACUCGCACAAAGUUGUCAAGUGUAUCAUCCAUAGCCUCCAUCCUGGCAGCUACUCAGCCCGUCAAGGCUGCCGGGUCCACAAAAUCUACGGUAUCUGAGGCAGAAAUUGAAAUCUGGGAAAGCCAGAGCACUGCAGAUGAUUCAAAGGCAGGAGAGAGCAACCUCAGCCCUGAGCUCUCCUCAUCAACCUCUUAG